UGAACAGAGACAGGGAUAAGCUAGACACGCUAACGUUGCGCGCAAGUUGGAUGGAUAAGGAAGCUGAACGUUAGGGGAACGGAGACGGAAGUGCGACACGGACGCGGUGUGGCAACGGAGGGAUGGGUGUAUGCGUGUGAUCGACGGAAGAGCAAUGUCGCGGAGAUGAAUGAACGGAUCGCACGCGAUUCGUCGCGAUGACAUCGACGGUGCCCGAGCUGAGGACGCGGCACGCGUUGGCGCCGCCAGGACGAGGGACAACGGAGCCAGGAUCACGGUGGUGAAUCGGUGACGAGGACCAAGUGGCGGCAGUGACCAUGGCGCCCCUCCUCGCAUGUAAACAGUGCUUCACGCUCAACGCACGCCUCGAGAGCAGCGUUUCACCUGGUGCCGCUACCGUCGUCGCUACCGCAGUCACCCUCGUUCCCAUCAAUCCCGACGAACAAACCUCGAGGUCGCGACGCUGAGAGGAUCCCAGACGUACCCGAGGCACGACGGUAUGGACGGAAGAGACGAGUCAUGAUUCUCGUCCUGCUGCGCUGCCGUUGUCCUCGUCCUCGUCCUCGUCCUCGUCGUCGCCGUUGUCGCCGUCGUCGUCGUCGCCGCGCGAAACCGUGCUGCUCCGAAACGUGUGUUGUUUGUUGAUCCCGUCGUCGAACGUGUGCAUGUGUAUAUACAUGCGCGUGCAAGACGUUGAAUCGAGACCUCGAGCGACGCUCGAACGUGAUUGAUGCGUCACGCAUACGACUGAUAACAAGUGGUAACGAGCGUAAGAAGCGAACGAAUCUGUGGCCUGUUCGAGUUGCAAAAGGAGUCGCAAAGUGCAGUGACUUUGCACAUUGACGAACCAUCGCGAGUUUCGCGAGUGUUCGCACGCUUAACAAUCGAUUACGAGGCUCGAUCGGACGUCCGUGACUCUGUAUAAAUCGUUCGGUGAAGAGUUGGCUAGUGAAGCAAGUCAAUUGCAAUGGUGUUGCACGAAGUGAUGACCUUCUACGUUGCCGAAUUGAGAAGAAGAUCAACACCUUUGUGCUGCGCCCCGCUCUUGACGAAUACGCACAGAAGACUGAGGUGUAUUAUUCCGCACUCCAAACAACAUAUCGCUUAUCCACCAUAAGUGGAAGAAGGUGAUGGCCCGUACCACGCGCUCGCGACGAAAAAUGGCGAACACGACUGAUGCUCCCUCGCCUGCGAGCAGCCUUUUGUCGUCCACGACGACGACCCCGUUCACCAGCCCGACAUCGACAGCCUACUCCACCGAGGGCUACACCUUCAAUUACAGCGGCCUGUCUAGCCUGGGUGGCUACUCGUUGGAGGACUUGAAUUACACGGAAUUCUGGGUGGACGUCUGGAAUAGCACCGAGGCCAGUAACGUAACCGAAAGGUUAAAUACCACUGUGCUGUCAUCGGGAGGAGGCUACUGCGACGAAUGGGAAGCAGCCCAGCACAAACUCUUCCAGGCGGCGAAUCUGUUCUUCGCGGCGGCGUUCUUGGUGCCGCGGUCCUUCAAGGCCUCAGUUUUGGCUCUUCGCACAUUUCUGACGGCUGGCUUCAUGCUGGCCGCCCUCUGGGCCGGGAUCACCAUAUGCGCACUGGAUGCCAUGCUAUGGUGCCUGGCCCUCGGCCUUCUGAACGGUAUUCACUCCCUCAUACUAGCCUGUCGAUUUCUGCCGCCUGCGCUCAGCCCGGAGCUCGCCGAGCUCUAUCUGAAACUCUUCAAACCGUACAAGGUCAGCAAGAAGCACUUCCAGGAGCUGGCUAAGGAGGCGAGGAUACUCAAGCUGGAUUCUGGUCAGACCUACGCCACCGAAGGCGUCACACCCGCCGACGAACGGCUGUCGAUACUCUUGCGUGGCAGGCUGAAGGUGACUUGCGACGGGACGUAUUUGCACCACAUCAAAGCUUAUCAAUUCGUCGACUCGCCCGAGUGGGAGGCCAUGCACGAGAACAUCGACGACGUCUUCCAAGUGACGAUCAGAGCCGAGGAGUCCAGCACGUACAUCUGUUGGACGAGGCUGAAGUUGCUCAGGGUACUCAGGCAUAGGCCGCUACUUAAAGUCGUCCUCAACACCCUCAUCGGUAAGGACAUUACGUCCAAGUUGUACGCCCUUAACGAGCAGCUCGCUGGUGUCGCCGCGGCCAGUGAGACAACCUCGUCGAAUCCUUACAGAGGCGUCGCGAGAAGUCUUAGCGUCGACGCUGUUAACACUGAAACUGCCGGAAGAGUACGCUCGACCACGUGGAAGGCACAGAGGAGGCACAGCAAUCCGCGCAGCGACAGGAGUUCACCCUCUCGGUACUCGCAUCAGUACUGGGCGCCCGUGGUGGCGAAUCACUUCCCACCGACUUCGCCGUUCACCCCUGGCCAGAACCUCGGGUAUUCGUUACUGCCGCAGGGUGUUCAGUUCUCGCCACCGCCAAGGGCGCCCGUUCUGUCGCACCAGUCGUUGACGAGGCAACGCAGCGGCGGCACCAGCGGCGAUUACACCCUGCUACCUCAGACGCCGAAGCUCGAGAGGAAACGCUCGAAAAAGGGGACGAGAGAGGUGACGUUCGAGACGCCCGUAUGACGGUCGCUCGACGGGGAGGGCCCUGCCAGCGUGCCUCUUCUGUCUCUAUCGCCGCAGCGUUCCGCCUAGCCCCGUCGAGAUCUCGUUAAACCGAACCAUCUUCAAGGGUUCAUCCUCUGAGGCGUCGGUCGCCGCUUGUCGCCACGGCUGCGUGGCCUAAUCGCACGGCCUAUCAGCUGACAGAGCCCUACGUGCCCGCGCGGUGUUGCGCGACAACCCGAGAGACGCGGACGAAAAGGACACGUAAACACCGAGUGACAGUGCUCCGCGGACUUCCGGUUUGGCUCGACACGAUCGGGAGAGAAGGAACCACCGGUUCCGAAUCGAGCCUAGUCGAGACGCGCGACGCCCAGAUACACGUUCAUAUCCCGCAAGUGCUACGCCUUACACGUUCUUAUUGACACUACACGCAUACACACACAAACACACAUACGUACACACAAACACGUGCACGGUUAUCUAACAGCGUCGCGCGUUCGCGAUCGAUCCAAGUGAAAGGAAAAAGUGCACGGUGAGUCCCCGAAUCGAGUGAACGAGUGUCCCCCAAAAACGAGUGUCUUGUUCUUGUUCCUCCUCGAAGGUAGAGGGAUGAACGUCGAGGAACGAGCAAACUCGCCCCCCGUGUCUCGCGUGGCGAAACUGAAACGAGAGCAGGGAGACGCCUCGCUACUCGAAUUACACGCUCGAUUGUCGGAAUAUAUCGAAUCCACCGAGCCUGGCUACGAAAGGUUCGCGGGAGGAGUCGGGACUCGGGCGAAAUGGUUGUUUUUUUAUUAGUUUGUGUGACAAGUCCGUUUCGAGAAACAUCAUUUCGAGAUUGUUGCUUGCAUCGGCUGGCAAUGGAUUAACAUAUCGAGUCGAGGAUGGGUCGAACGAGUGGAGUGUUUGUAUCUCAAUUUGUUCUUUUAAAGCAGCUGGUUACCGACGAUGGGAAGUGAGUCUGAAAAGAUUCACUGGUCCGAGCAGGAGGAUACACCAUUUGCCAACAUCAAAUUUCAAUUGUACGCCUGAAUUUUUUAAUAACAAAGAUGGAGUUUCGAGGAAUGUUUAUGUUAACAGAAGGUCAUAGAACAGAAUGGAGUAUGUAUCAGUUACAAGGUAAGUUCAAUGUAAAAUUGGCAGUACUUAAUAUUCCCAUGAUAAAGCGCGAACGGACUUAUUACACAAGCGUGUACAACGUAGAACGUUUUGAAUUCUCGGAUUCGAGUUAGUUUCAGAUUUUACCGAAUUAAUGCACCGAGUGUGGCUCGAAUCCUAGGGUCGAAAUAACGUUUAAAAUGAAAUGUUGGAAUAAACUGAAACAGCCAACAAAAUUUAUUUUAUACUCAAUUCUCUGUUUACACGGUCCAUGCAUACGGUUUCAAUUUAACGCGGUCCAAAAGAAAAAGGGAACUGGUUUCCAUGAAUUUUUUUCCUCGCAAUGUUGGUUUCAUUCGUCAUCUAUUCGAUUAAUAUUUCGCCCGUUUCCCGCCAUAAGCGAUACGUCUUCUGUUUGCGCGAUGUUAUGCGGAAUGAUAUCCACCGUGUAAAAAGAAAAUUGAGCGCAUUUUUAUUCGCUCGGAGAGCCGACGAGACGCUCUUCCGUAAUCGAAUCGUUCUUUUUCCGUUUCGUUUCUACGAGGGCUCGCGUUGUCGACGCUUCCUCCUCUUUCCGCCACUUGCGUUGUGCGUUCGCGCGAGCUGAACUUCCGGUUGGGAGACUACGAAUCGCGUUAAACGUGUUUGAUCGUAAGGAAACACCCGAGACGGCGCAUUGUGAUCUUUCGUUAACAGUCGAACGUUGAACGAUCAACAAAGACGGGCGAAAUUCUCAACGGAACCAAAAUUUCAAUGAAGAUACGACGAUAUCGAGCAAAGGAUACACUAUUGGUCGAAUAAAAGUUUGCCCAUCUUCGACGAUCAGCGAUCGAGGGAGAGUAGAUUAUAAUCGUAUACUUUCGACGAGCGUCGCCACCUUGUACACCAUUACAUCGACUGUGAUUAUAACGGAUAUAAUUGUUAAGUCUUUCAGAGAAAACGCUGAUUAAAUACACGUACGGAAACACACCGCAAUGCGAAUUAACGACUACAUGAUAACCAGGGGUCCACGCGUUGGAUAAAUUCAGACGUUUGACAAUUGAUUCACAGUAUUUAUUUUUAAUUAUUGCUCGUAUCAGGCAAUACAUUAUUCCAGUAAUCGAUUUCUAAAUAUUCUGCAAAAAGAAAUCAAUCGUACAGGCGGUUAUUUAAAUUGGAAACUAUAAUGCAAUACAGUAUCCAUAUUUUUUAAAAUUCGUUUGCUCUUCAAACCGACCAGUCAACGAUUAAAGAGGAAAAACCGGUACACCUUACUCAAUUAUUAUUUUAAUUAAUCCACGGAAUUGUAUUUUUCUCCGACCAUCCAAUUAUAUCGGACCAGUUACCCUAAUUUACAUCGGAAAGACGUCUGAAUUGGAGGCAUCGAUCGCGAGGACUCCCGUGGCAAAAUGUACGCAACAAAACAAAUAAAUGAAUUAAAAACGAGAAAAUACAAAAAUGUGAUACGCCGCGAACGCAACGCAGAAUUUAAAAUUAAAGACGAGCCGGGAAUUGUUGCAUUCGCGCACCGAGACGAACGAAAACAAAACACAGGGCGCUAGAUCGCGCGAAAACACACAGGGAACCGCACACAGACAGGCGAGGGAGGAAAACGCGAGUAAAAAGAUAACUGAAUUAAUAAAAAGUAAAUAAAUAAACGAAAAUACGCGAGAACGAGUACGACGAACGAGAGCGAGGGAGAGCGUAAUCUCCAGACGUAACGCAAUAAGUGCUUUGUUAAAAAGAAUAAAACCUGCAAUAAAGUGCUUCGAAAAAAAAAAAAA